GAACCAUUGGAUGUAUCAAAUAGUAGAGAUGUUGUAGGUAAUCUAUCACUUAGUCUUGUUCAGAACUGUAUGGAAGGAGACAUGGAUCCAGUUAAAAAGCAAGACAUAUAUGAUGUGACUGCAGAAGUGAUGGAAAACUAUUUACCAAAUAAUGAACUAUCAACACCUCAAUUUAGUAAGGCUAUAGGUGAUUUUCUGUAUAAUAAUACAAUUCAAGAAAUUAUUGAGAAGACCCAUACACAACAUGAAGAGAAGGAGAGUGACCAACAACUAAACCUGAAUCCAGCUAUUAUCCUAGAGCAUUCCUCUGCAGAUGUCUACGAAUACAAAAGUGAAGAGGAAGUUAAGUGAUACAACUACAUGUGAUCUAUUUAUGACCUUAGUCACAGUAUUAUAUCCAAACUACAUGCAUGGAUAUACCUGAAACCUUCAUCAGAGCACAUAUUGACUCACAAGUACUUCCAAGGAGACUUGUCACAGCUAUGGAUGAUAUAUAUAUAAAAAGGCUAAUGUUAAAAAGAAGUUUAUGGACAGUUGCAGAUACAAGUCCUGGCCAAACAGCAGUCGACUGGUCUACCAACCGUUGCAUGGAGAUAAACAAUUGGCUGAUUCUCUAUCCGCUAUGAAGUCAAUGGAGAAGAGCCUCAGAGCUCGUCCGGGAGAUGCCCCUGUGUCUGAAGAUGAUAAAGACAGAGAGAUACAAAUCCUGACAUUUGAAAUCCAAUUGGCACAGAUUGAAAUCAAGGACUAUCAACAAAACGCUGGAAAAUCUCAAAAGGUACUCACAGACAUCGAAAAGCAGAAGCAAACACUCAAGCGAAAGCUGGAUAUAGAGCUAACCAAGAACGAGACAGUCUUGCAAAUGACGUACUUAAAGUGCAAACGGAAAGCAGAGCACUGAAAUCCAAGCUAACUACUGUCCGUGCUGAACAUGAAGCUGCUAUUGAGAAAGCUGAAAACUUGUCUAAUGCUAUGGACCAAGAUUCUGACCUAGCACUGAAAACCACUCACCAAAUCAGGAACGCUGUAUAAACUAUGGAACAGCUGAUAAAAAGACAUCAUCCUCAGAAACGACUGCUACCUGCACCUGAAAUCAGAAACACAGAUGAUGCAAUCGCUCCCCACCUAUUGACGCUUGAAAUACCCCUCGAUUUCAGAAAGAAAGUUGGUCAAGGCAGUUACGGUGCGGUAUACGCUGUUAACUAUGGCCAUACAAGUUGCAUUGCAAAAAGGCUCUGGGACAUUUUUCUAGGUCGUGGUGGAUAUGAACUUGGUAACGAUCAAGGGAAAAAGUUCUAUCAUCAGAAGUUUAUUUAUGAGUGUGUGCUUCUAAGUCGAACGAAUCAUUCGAAUAUCGUCAGAUUUAUCGGUGUACACUGCGGAAAAGAUGAGUUUGACCUCACUCUUUUGAUGGAGCGACUGCACACUGAUCUAGGGCAGUACUUAGAGAGCAAACCUAUCAUUGCGUAUAAGACUGAAGUCUCGAUACUUAACAAUGUAUCCUAUGGACUACUCUAUCUUCACGAGGAGUGCUCUAUCAUCCAUCGCGAUCUCACAGCUGCCCAACAUUCUUCUAACAGCCGACAACCGAGCCAAGAUAUAUAGCCGACCUUGGUAUGUCCAGAAUCUUUGACAUUCGGAUGUAGAAGAUGUCUAAAGUACCUGGUAAUCAGUACUACAUGUCACCAGAGGCUUUACAAGACAAGCCAUUAUGACAAAAGACUCGAUAUUUUCUCGUUUGGUGUUAUAGCUUUGUAUGUAGCAACUCAAGAUUUUCCAGAACCCUCCUGUGAUCAUGUUCCCGAUGCUGUGCAUGCCAGGGGAGAGUGUGAGCUAUUCAAGCGACAGAAAUUGAU